UUUGUGCUUUUUGUGACGAAAGGCCUUAUGGGGCCUCUCGUCACUAUGCCAUCGGUUUGAGUGAGUGAAAGAAAGAGUUGUAAACAAUAGAAUUUCACUUGAAGCAGGCGUUCCUAGCGGUCAUUCAUCGAACACGUGAUCGUCGUCGUAGAUGUCGCUGGCGAAGAGGGAUCGGAUUGAUUUCGGAUUACGACGUUGUUUUGAAUUAUAGUCCACGAGCAAAAAAUGAUUGGAGUCAAACAUGUGCUUUCUCUUCGCACUUCUCGUUUGAUUUCACGAGCUCUUGUGAAGGUGAGUUGAUUUAAUACUUCUUUUACAAUGUAUUCUAUCCCUUUUGUGUUUAGUACUAGGCACAACCUUUUAUGCAUUUGUCAUGUUGGUAUUUCUAAAGAAUAUUUCAGAUUUUGGGGUGCUUUAUGUGGUUUGUUUGCCAACAAAAGCUCGAUUGCAUCGCUUGCCUUAUUACACAAGACCAGUCCUUAUGGCCGUAUGGUGUCCUUCAAUUCCCUUCGGGGAACCAAUAAACCCAGAAAUGGGGCUCAAAAUCUCCUUAGGGAGAGCAUAGAAUUCCUUCGGGAAGCAAACAAACCCAGAAAUGGGGCUCAAAAUGUGCUUCGGCACACUGAAUAUUCCCUUCGGGGAACUAGUAAUCACAGCAAUGUGAUCUUAACUGUGCUUCGGCACACUGAAAAUUUCCUUCGGGAAACUAAUAAUCACAGCAAUGUGACUGAAAGGCACUAUAAUGGCAAAUAUUGUGGAAACCAAUUUGUGAACAAAAGUAUUUUCGGGAUACCUGUGUACAUGUUGCUGUAUUUGUCGGAUAAAACAGGGCAAACAAAUCACAUUUUUAGCACUGUAUAUAAUGAUCGAAGUAAUCUUGUUGACGAAUUCACCUCAAAAACUAGUAAUAACAGUAUAACAAAUGCAUUUGAGAAAACUAUGCCUAGUAUUGAAAACAAACAUGAUAAUAAUAAACAUGCAUCUUGUCCAUCUAUCAAGAUCUCCAAGUGUAUAGAAAAUCAUAGACAUUCUCGAAUAUGUUCAAAGCAACUAAAUCACAAAUGUAGAGAUAGAGAACCAUCUAGAAUAUCCCUAAAAAAAGUUAUGAGAUUGCUCAGAUAUAGAAAGUUAAGAAAAAGACACAAAAAGAUGAUUAUUAAGGGCACACCUGUUUCAUCUGUUUUUUACAGAAUUGCUACAAACUAUAACUAUUGGAAAUUGAAAUACAUUAACAGACUUAAUAGUUUCUAUAGCUCCUUUUUUAGAGCAACUUGUAAAACAUCAGUGAGGUAUAAUGGAUGUAAACAAACUCUUUUAUUGUCUGGGGACAUUGAAUUGAAUCCUGGUCCUGUAACUGAUAAUAAUAAUAUUGAAGAUAUAUGUUUAUAUAGUAAUGGUGACUUUACAUUAAGAUACCGAAUGCUUCGACAUGGUUUAACACCACUAGAUGUUGGUGGAGGAGGUGAUUGCUUUUUCAAAUCAGUAUCACAUCAGCUAUAUGGUAAUUCAAAUAAACAUGCAGAAAUUAGAGCUUUAGGAGUGAGAUAUUUAAAGGACAAUCCUGAACGAUUUAUUGAAAGUAUCAUAGAUUCAUCUUGGUCACAGUAUUUAACUAUUAUGUCUCUACAAGGAACAUGGGCCAAUCAUAUAAUAAUACAGGCUGUUGCUGAUGCAAUGAGUUUAAAGAUUCAUAUUAUAGAAUCAGAUUCAAAUAUUAGGGAAGUCACAUUAGUUGAGCCAGCAAAUACAAUAAUAAAUAAUAUUAGAACAAUAUACAUAGGACAUAUUGGUCAAGUGCACUACGUAUCAACAUGUUCUGUUUCACAUCAACAAAGUUCGAACAAUAUUGACAGGGAAAAUACAAUUUCGAGUCGUCCAGAAAAAAAGAAAGCAAGCAAGUACAAGCAAAAGUUCUAAUUCAAAUGAAACAAAAAAGCAAGACAGGGCUACCUACAUUAGGCAAUACAUGAAGGAAUACAGGCAAUCCAAACAAAAUAAUACUUCACCAGAAAAAAAAUCAAAGAGAAAUGAAUACCAAAGAAAUUAUAGAGAAAUGAAUGCAUCACCAGAAAAGAAAUUAAAGUGUAAUGAAUACCUAAGAAAAUAUAGAGAAAUUAAUUCAUCACCAGAAAAGAAAUUAAAGUGUAAUGAAUACCUAAGAAAAUAUAGAGAAAUGAAUGCAUCACCA